UCCACCGCUCACUGCUGGGAAGCUACGGGCAGUGUGUCGUGAUUCAGGAAGUUCAAGUAAACAACAACAACAAAAAACAAACGACUGCAACACGGAGGUGUGAGACUGUUCUUUUCCCAGGAGUCCAAGGGGAACGGAGAGACUUGGAACUUAAUUGGAAUUUUCUAUCACAACGUUACUUGGCGACUCAAGCGAACGGCAGGCACUCGACAUAACAGGUUUCCAUGGCAGCAAUUACUAUGUUGGCCAGAGCAACUUUAAGUCAAGGCAUUAUUUCCCACCGCCUCAGGAAGAAUGUCACUCUGUACAUCAAUGAACUAGCAUCGCCUGUGUCAAAGUAUCCAACCCAAACUGACGACAGUGUGAAACCUCUAAUACUGAUGCUGCCUUGGUUAGGUUCACGUCCCCAAGCUGUGGCCAAAUAUUGUGAAAUCUACUUUCACAUCGGUUUGGAUGUGCUUGUUGUGGAGAGUGAGCUGAAAAACUUCUUGUGGCCACGAUGGGGUUUGGACAGUGGACAGAGUUUACUGGAGCUGCUCCAUAGUGACCGCUUUUUGUCAUGCCCGCUGCUCGUCCACGCCUUCUCUGUUGGUGGAUACACAUUUAGUCAGAUGUUGAUGCACGUGUACCAGGACCCACAGAAAUAUCAGGCAUUCGUAAAGAGGAUUAAAGGCCAAAUCUAUGAUAGCCUGGUAGUGGGCUCUCUGGAGAACAUGGCAGCAGGUCUAGGAAAAACAGUGUUUCCUCGUUUGGAGACAUUAGUAAAACAAACAAGUUUAUUAUACUUUCGUAUAUUUAAAGCCCAAACCGUAGAUAACUUCAACAUAUCCAUCAAUGGAUUUUGGAACACUCCUGUUACUGCACCUUCCCUGUUCUUCUUCUGCGAAAACGAUGUCAUGAGUGACACACGACUUUUGGAGGAAAUGAUCUGUUUUUGGCAGAAGCGUGGGAUGGAUGUUACGGCAAAGAAGUGGGAGGAUUCAACGCAUGCAGGUCACAUGAAGAGGCACCCACAAGAAUAUCUGGACACUCUUAAGACAUUCCUCCAUUCAGUCCAUAUUUCCCCUCUUCAGGCUAAAAUGUAAUUCAGUGUGUGUCAUAGUUUUAGGCAGAAAUUGAAGUUUUGGGUGUCCAAAAAAAAAAAAAAACCAGGGUGUCCAAGAUUUUUGGCGCUGACCAGCGUCA